CAGAAGGGGGGCCCGCAGAGGACAGGCGCGGGAGAAGGACUGGCCCCCAUGGACGGAGGUUGCGGGGGCGUCCAGGGACUCCCGGUAGACCGGUAGCUUCCCGCCUUGAGCCAAGAACAAGCGUGUGUAUGAGGGUGGGGUCAAGAGGCGACAGGUCCGCGCGUGGCAAGGGGGUCGGGAGGGCGAUGCAAGCGCCUCUUUAAGCUAGGAUCUGGCCAGGGGAGGGAUGGUCCCUGUCCGACGGGGCGGGCGCGCUUCUGCCUCCUCGGACCCCCUUGUAUGCUUCUGGAGAGGGGGUGGAAACAGGAGCAGCCGAACACCCCUCCUCAGCCUUUAGGUGGGCGAGACCCAGACACCCCUUCGGCCUUGUGCUCUACAAGGGGCCGCGGGGGACAACCGGAUCCCACGGACCCUGAGUGGGGGGCUGCCAUCGCGGCCCAGCUGCACGCAGAAGUAAACAUCUGUCAGUGGCGCGUUCCAGCCGCUUUCCCUGCGCGCCGCCGCCGCUGCAGCCGGGGACACGGUGUCCUCCGACAGACGACGGAGGCCGUGUGGCUGACCAUCCCGUGGACGCAGGCUGAGGAUGCAGCGCUGGAAGGCGGCGGCCCUGGCCUCGGUGCUCUGGAGCUCCGUGCUCUCCAUCUGGAUGUGUCGGGAGGGCCUGCUCCUCGGCCACCGCCUCGGACCUGCGCUGGCCCCGUUGCGCCGGCCGCCUCGCACCCUGGACGCCCGCAUUGCCCGUCUGGCCCAGUACCGUGCACUGCUGCAGGGCGCCCCGGACGCCGUGGAGCUUCGAGAACUGACGCCCUGGGCCGGGCUCCCUGGUCCGCGCCGUCGGCGGGGCCCGCGCGGCCGGCGCGCGCGCUGCGCGGUCGGGACACGGCCUUGCGGGCUGCGCGAGCGUCGAGUGCGCGUGAGCGAGCUGGAUGAGAAAUCGUUUCCAUGA